CUCCUUGGUUAGGCUCGGGGAGGCCCCGCGCUCCCGGCUCCGGGCGGCGGGGGUCCCACUGAGGUGAUCCCGGGCAGACUCCGCCGCGCUCGGGCCACUCGGGGUGCGGCGGGGCAUGGCGCGACCGCAGACCCGGCGUGCUCCGCGGGGAAGGGCUCGAAGGGCCCGGCCCAGCGCCGCGCUAGCAUCUGCUUCAAGCAAGCGGCUUGGGGUUGCUGCCACCGUCGCCCCAAAGGUCUGGGCCAGGAGGCUGUCCCCCGACCUCUCACCGGAAGGAGGCACCCCGCGGAGUACUGCCCCCCCCUCCCCACUCCCGAUCCUCAGCGGGCACCCGGCACACUGCGAUCAGAAAUGCGGCAUCUGAAGCUAGAGAGACGGCUCAGCGGAUGACCCCAGGAACCUUUGAAGAUCGCAGAGCCGCCUUUAAGGAAGCACAGCUGAUGAUGACUGAAGCUGCCUGGAGGUAGCACUGCAGGUCCCAGGAAAUGUGUGAUGUGUCUGCAGCGACAUCCUGACGGACAGAACCAAAGUAAACAGGGCCCAGGAUGCUGCUGCUGUGGCUGCAAGCUGUUCUGCUGCUGUUAGUCCUGCCCAACCAUGCUGAGGUUACCACGGCUGAAGAGCCAGGAGUCCUGGUCCCUCCACCCAAGGAAACUUGUGCAGGUUGGAUGGCAGGCAUCCCAGGACAUCCUGGCCACAAUGGGACACCAGGCCGUGAUGGCAGAGAUGGCACUCCUGGCGAGAAGGGUGAGAAAGGAGACGCAGGUCUUCUUGGUCCUAAGGGGGAGACAGGAGAUGUCGGAGUGACAGGAGCUGAGGGGCCCCGAGGCUUUCCCGGAAUCCCCGGCAGGAAAGGAGAGCCCGGAGAAGGUGCUUAUGUGUACCGCUCAGCGUUCAGCGUGGGGCUGGAGACCGGAGUCACUGUCCCCAAUGUUCCCAUCCGCUUUACUAAGAUCUUCUACAACCAACAGAACCAUUACGACAGUAGCACUGGGAAAUUCUACUGCAACAUUCCAGGGCUCUACUAUUUCUCCUACCAUAUCACGGUGUACAUGAAAGACGUGAAGGUGAGUCUCUUCAAGAAGGACAAGGCUGUUCUCUUCACCUAUGACCAGUAUCAGGAGAAGAACGUGGAUCAGGCCUCCGGCUCUGUGCUCCUCCACCUGGAGGUGGGCGACCAAGUCUGGCUCCAGGUGUAUGGAGAUGGGGAUCAUAGCGGACUCUAUGCAGAUAAUGUCAAUGACUGUACCUUCACGGGCUUCCUUCUGUACCAUGACACCAACUGAUUGCAGCUAACUCAGAGCUUCCCCAUAGCCCAAGCACCCCGAGAAUCAAAUAACAGCCCACAAGCUUCCAGCAUAGCUCGAAAGAUUGAUUUUUAUGGUUUAGUUUGAGGGUUCUGAAUAUUAGCCACACAUGUAUUCAUUCAUUCAUGAAAUGACUUCAUAAAAAAUCUUUUCUGGGCUCCUAGUCCAGAAAAAGAAACAUUCCUUGGUCUUCACAACUCUUACAUAGUAGCAAUAAUAGAAUGAAAAUAACGUUUAAGGGAGGAGUUUCACCACACCUUCACUGACUAUAAGGAAGUAGACAACGCUAUUUUGUGUCCAGUCUCUCUUGACGUUCACACAGAUCCUGUAAGGUACACAUGAAAUACACGAUCUCCUCUCUUCACAGCUGGAGUCUUUAGGAUGUGUUUAUGAAUGUCUAAAGUCCUACACUUAUUAAAAUGGCAGAGCUAAAAGUGAAGGCCAGAGCAUGGUCUGUUCCCAUUGGAUGGGACCAUUUUUCAAAAGCACAUGCUUGUUUAAAGUGUUGGUAGAGGUCUCUGUCCACCUCAUCUGAGGGUCGCAGUUGACAUCCAUCAAGACUUCUCUCCAGUAGAGCUCUCUCAGAGAAGGUGGUCCUAAGUCGAUGUCCUAGUGCAGCUGGACUGAUACUCAUUCGCUCCUUCCCUACUCUGCGCAUGCGCUCCUCUGUGUCCACGCUCCUGCGCUUCCUUCCAGCUGGGGAAACCUCUACCACCUUCACGUGUCCAUCCCCCCCCCCAUCCCUCAAGGCCACCCGGAGAGGAGAUUUUCUGAUGUGAUCUCAAUCCAACUCCCUCUGUGUUUUUCCACAGAUGAAAGUCUGUGUGUGAGACGUGUUCUCCUCAGACUAGGAGAAAUUGCCUGUUAAGACUGAGCGUCCUCUCCCUGCGCCCCCUUCCCCCAAUCCUCUGAAGGUCCUUGACAAUUGCUUAAGAAAGGACAGUCUCCUGAAUCCCAUUUAUACCCAUAAUUUACUUCAGUUCAGUUUCUACAAUACUCAUUCUUAUCCAAAGAGCCAUCUCAUUUAGGAACACAGUGGUUUUAGUAACCCAGUCCCACUGUUCAAAUGGAUAGCAUCAUCCUUUCUUACUGAGGUGAAGGAUGGCUGUGCUUUCCACAACACCCGCAGAAUUAUCCCUCAGACUGUUGUAGCCGAAUCUCCAGACCCUUGAGUAAGACCACCACAGAGCUGAUAUCUGAUGCAAAACACACAGGGGUUUAUUGAUAACAAGCAAGCCCGGGCUUGGUCCUUGGUCCAUGUCCAACACUCAACACAGUGGGUGGAGGAGGAUGGCCCUGAGCUCUCAGGGUGAGGGCUUUUUAAAAGGAAAAACUGCAAACAGGGUUGUACAAACCUUGGUAUCAUAUGAUUGGAUGAGGGUGUGUAAUCUUUGAAUUUACUGGCUGGGGGUUACAGUUAUCAUUUUGGGGGCAGGCCUGGACAAGUCCCAGGCUCUGUCCUUGAGCUAUCAUGGAGGCUGGCUGGCCUCACACGUUCACACUGACACAUGCACGUAGCUCUAAGUUGGUG